AUGGCGCGACGCGAGACAGUGGAGCAAUCUACAGAGACGGCGCACGACGACGGUGUUGCGACACCAACGCUCAUAUCACCACCUGAAUCGAAGACGCCGCCGACUGCCUCGCACAAACGCAAUCAGACCCUCAGCCGCAACUCAGAACCAGUAGACGCAUCAGCGUUGUCGAAAGCGCUAAAGGACUUCGAGCAGGCUAGCAAAGUACGGGAGCGAACACCGAUAGCUAGUCCCAGUCGUAAGAGACCGCGGAUACAGGGCGACAGGUUCAUUCCCAAUCGCGCGGGCCAAGAUCUGCAGGCCAGUUUCAAUCUUCUGCACGAUGAUGGCUCUCCAGCAACACCCUCUAAAUCCAAGCGCACACCUCAUAACGAGCUGCACUUCCAGAAGACUGAAGAAGCAAACCGGACAUACUCGGCAGUACUACGCCAGGAAAUGUUUGAGGAUUCAGUGCCUCAAGCUCUGCCACAGCGCUUGUCUCCUACAGACAGCGCCACGAUGCGGUCUGGAGGACGGUCACACACUCCACCAACGAAGACCACAAACUCACUACCGCCACCAAGUGGGACACCCUCGACACCUCACAAAAAUCUCUUCUCCUACUCUGGUCAGCCUACGCCAUCAAGAACACCAUCGGGUCGACAUGGUGUGCUGAAUCUCAACGCGCGCGCAGAUAUCUACAGCUUAUCGCCUAUCAAGUACAGCAGUCAACGUAUGCUGCUCAGUCCCCAAAGAGCGCCACGAGCUGUGUCCAAGGUGCCGUACAAGGUUCUUGAUGCGCCAGAUCUGGCAGACGACUUCUAUCUUAACCUUGUCGAUUGGGGUAGUCAGAACACGCUUGGUGUUGGCCUGGGAUCAUGUGUUUACAUGUGGAACUCAAGUAGUGGCCGCGUAACCAAGCUCUGCGAACUGCAGGACGAUUCCGUUACGAGCGUCAACUGGAUACAGCGCGGCUCACACAUCGCAAUUGGCACAAACAAAGGCCAAGUACAGAUUUGGGACGCGCACACCCAGCGCCGCCUCCGAACAAUGAUGGGUCACACAGCUCGGGUUGGCGCUCUUGCGUGGAACGAACAUAUCCUUACCUCUGGUUCACGAGAUCGCAUUAUCUACCACCGCGACGUACGACAACCAGACCAAUGGCUCCGGAAACUUGUCGGGCACAAGCAGGAAAUUUGUGGCCUGAAGUGGAACCACGAAGAUCAACAGCUCGCGUCCGGAGGCAACGACAACAAGCUGAUGGUCUGGGACAAACUGAACGCUGAGCCCACAUUCAAGUUCAGUGAGCACCAAGCUGCUGUUAAGGCAAUUGCCUGGAGUCCUCACCAACGUGGCCUCUUAGCUAGCGGCGGUGGUACAGCAGAUCGAACCAUUAAAUUCUGGAACACAUUGAUUUCGUCAAGUGGCCCCUCAGCCUCAUCCCUUGCUGCAGCCUCGGCAGCCGCAUCGGCUUCCAGCUCUGCCAAUAUUCCAACCUCACCAACGGCACCUGCGAAUCUACUACAAAGCCUCGACACCGGCAGUCAAGUUUGCAAUCUCGCCUGGUCGAAGAACAGCAACGAGAUUGUCUCGACACACGGCUACAGCCAGAACCAAAUCAUUGUCUGGAAGUACCCUAGUAUGCAGCAGGUCGUCUCAUUGACAGGGCAUACAUAUCGUGUGCUAUACCUUGCAAUGAGCCCGGAUGGCCAGGUCAUAGUUACAGGUGCUGGCGACGAAACGCUUCGAUUCUGGAACGCCUUCAAGAAGAAAGAGCGUACAGGAGGGCUCAGCAGUAUGGACAGCUGGGGUGUCAUCCGGUAGUCCUUGGCCCACAGGUGUCGGAUCCGGCACAUUCAUUCUACUAUAAGCAUUAGGGGGGCGUACUGGUGUUGAAGGACGCCGAUACCACUAUAUUUCAUUCUCUUGCGCUUGCAAUUGAGAGCAUCUGGGUUUCCAUCAAAACAUGGGCGUUACGGUUGCGCUUCACAUUGGGCAUUUACGCGCUUGAUGAAUCUUUGCGCUAUUUAGGAACAUUUGGGGGUCCUAUCAUGAUGGGCGUUUUUGUUUGCUGGGACUGAGCCUGUUGGCUCUCAUAGCGUUUACGAUCACGACUGUACCAUAAUAGUCCGAAUUAUCAAGACAUCCCAU